CUAAUUAAUGACCCCACGUACCACUAAUUAGGAAUGGCAAUGGGGCAGGUCCGAGGCGGGUAUCACGAUACCCAUACCCGUCCCCGUGGUAGGUCGGGUAAUUUGACUAAAAUUACAUGUGAUUUGGGCAGGAAUGGGUCGAGAAUGGGGCGGGUCAGGACAGGUCGGGUCGAUGAGAAUACCCAUACCCGCCCCAAAACAGUUCAAACAGGUCAGGUAAAACGGGUCAGGUCGAAAUGGCCAUCCCUAGCUACGACUAAUUGUUGCUUAUAAUAUAUCAUAUAAUUUAGCUAAAGCAUCUUAAUUAGUAGCAUGUUCAAACAUAGAAAAAGACAAUCUGGAAAUUAAGUGGAAAGGCUUGAGCUUAUAUAGCAUACUAGUAGACAGUAGUGGUGUUUGUUUUGAUCAUACGAUCCUCCUACCAAUGAGCUUCAUUACUACCAUGGAAGAGCUCCGCCAAAACAUGAUCUCUUCCUCUUCCUCCUUCGCCAUGAUCCCCUUCCUCCUCCUCACACUUUCCACCAUCCUCGUAGUCUCCUUACUCUUCCUCCUAAAGCCAAAAAAACCCAUCCAAAACCGCCGGGGCCAUGGAAACCUCCACCAGAUGGUCGGCGACCAACCCCACCGGCGGCUCGCCGACCUCGCCCGCAAACACGGCCCCGACGUCAUCCGCCUCCAGCUCGGUGAGCUCCCUUACAUCGUAAUCUCCACUCCCGAAGCCGCCAAGCUAGUGAUGAACACCCACGACGUAGCUUUCGCUUCGAGGCCUCUUCUCCUGGCGCCAGAGAUCGUCUACUACGGCCGCAACGACAUAGGGUUUUCGCCCUACGGACCGUACUGGAGGCAGAUGCGCAAGAUCUGCAGCUCAGCGCCGAAAGGGUCCGAUCUUUUCGCGACAUAAGGGAAGAAGAGGUGUCCAAUCUCGUGGCCGAUCUUACUCAUGCAUCGGCAGCAGGGGAGCCUGUGAAUCUCACUCAGAUGUUGUCUGCCACAACAAGCGCCAUAACUUCCAGGGCAUCGUUCGGGAGAGCGCAAGACUGACCGAUGCUUUCAUGAUCGUUGUCGACAACAUUUCGAAGUUGUACGUUUAACGUUAUGGUACAACUUAUGUUGUACCUAUACUUUUUUGGAAAAUCUUUUUAUGGUACAAACUAAAGUUGUACAUUUAAGUUUUGAUACAACUUGAAGAGUUAGAAGUUGUACCAUAGCAUAAAUGUCAGAUUCUCUUUUAAGAUAAAACUUCAACUUGUACCUUUUAUGAUACAACUUUAAGUUUUACUUUAUAGCACCAAUACUUUAAGGUUUGAUUUAGGGAUGGCAAUUUGAACCCGCCCCGCCGGGUAAGAUCCGACAUGGCCCGCGAUGGGGCGGGGCAUGGGUAUCAACUUCAGACCCGCCCCGUCCCAUUCUUAGCCCGUUCUAGGUUAAUUUUUUACCCCAUCCAUUCAUAUAUCUCCUAUUUAGGCUUUUAUUCAACUAGUUAGACUUGAUCUUUCAACUAAAUAGACUCAAUUACUUAUUAUUUUAUCACUAUUAUUCAUUCAUCAAGUUUUUCCCCCUUCGUUUUAUCAUAAAAAGUAAAAUUGUACGUGUAUUUUUCUCAAAUAGCAUGUAAGAGUGGGUCGACCCGCCCCGCCCCGUACCCACGCGGUUAUUACCCGCCCCGACCCGUACUAGCGUGGGGCGGGGCAUGGGUAUUGAGGUACCCGCUCCGCCCCGACCCAUUGCCAUCACUAGUUUGAUUCAAUCCCAUGUUCGACCCAAUUGGGGUUCUUCUUUAUUGUAAGGAAGAACUUACUCUACGACGGAGUGAAUUUGAAGAAUUAGUUUUUUUGUUCUCAAGUGCAAAUUAACAUCGGAAUCUGCUGCAGCUUCUCUAAUCGCUACGGAAUUUGAGAGGUUGAAUAAAAUUCGACGAGAACGUAAAAAUUCUUCUGCUCCAUAUAAAAGAUUAAAGAGUGAUUCCUGAUUAGCAGGAGACUAAUCGUAGUUCGGAGUAGUGUCUUGUUGAUUUCAAAAAUAUAUUUAAAAGAAAAUUGUUUUGUUAUC